UGUUUUUGGCUUUAAGAUAAGGUGGUAUGUAGGUACGGUAGUUUGUUGGGCUUCUGCCGGUUUUUCAUUGGCAUAUGUUUUGCAGCGAAAAAUUGAUGGUUUAUAAUGCUCAGCAAAAAGUGUUGUACCGUCUCUGUUGCUAACAGUUGAAAUAUUUUUGCAAAAGGCUUUUUAUUUACAUGUGCUGUAUACAUGAUCAUAUAUCCUAUUUCCAUUAAGAAAUCGCCUAAGAAGGCAACCUUACAAGGACUUAUUUUAAGGAAUGACGAUAUGACUAGUAAAUACGACUCUCAUAAAAACCUGAAUUCAGCUUAAAUUUACUGCGCAGCACUCGAGUUGAAGAUAUAAGUAGAACGAGAACCACUAAAUUGUACCAAUAGACACAGUUGAGCGAAGUUCAGUCUAUUCUCUUCUCUUUUAAUUCUCUUAUUUCAUUUAAAGCAGUUAUGAUCAUAAACAAAAUGCGGUUUUGCACACAACUAUACUACUCUACCUUAGCGUUUCUGUUGUUUUGUAAAAACUAAAUAAAGUUUUAAUCACAAAGUGCCAUCUUUUUGUUAUAUUUUUGAAAAAAUGCUCAAGCAUAAUUGAAUUUUAUAAAAACUGCCCCUGGUCUCAAACAUAAAAAUUGCAACUCAUUUUCUUUUCGAGUAAAUGAGUAUUUGAUGUGCGUGAAUUUACCGGAGCAAUUGACCUCAGCUGACCUUGUAAUCAAGAAUGACGUCACAAUCAGACUCUACUUCGUCUCAGAAGGCGGCCAAGUGGUACUUUGGGGUGUUGGCAGCCACUUUUGGGAGCAGUGUCACCCACCCUCUCGACCUAGUCAAGGUCCAUCAUCAGACGAAGAAGACCUACUCUGUGAAGCCAGUGAGUCGGACCAUGCUCAAUGUGAUUGAGAGUGAUGGACUACGUGCAAUAUACAGUGGAAUAGGCGCGGGAAUAAUGCGACAUCUAACGUACCAGAGCGUGCGAUUCGCCAUAUACGAGAACUGGAAAAACUAUUUCACAGUCAGAGGUCAACACCUGGACUUUGCAACAAGAAUCGUCGUCGCUGGAACGGCAGGUUUCCUGGCCGGAGGAUUCAUUACGCCGGUCGAUUUAAUAUGUGUGCGAAUGCAAAAUGACGUAAAGCUUCCCUUCAUCAAGAGACGUAAUUACAAAAACGUGUUCGAUGGCUUGGUUCGUGUUAUCAAAGACGAAGGCUUAAUUCAACUUUACCGUGGCAGCUCAAUGGCGUGUUCCAAAGGCGCCUUAAUGACCAUCGGUCAACUUGCUACUUAUGACGUGACUAAAGAGAAAUUGUUAGAGCUUCAGUUAGUAAAUGAAGGUCAGCUGUGUUAUAUAAUCAGUUCUAUAAUAGCCGGAACUAUUGCCACUUCUUUUGCAAUGCCUGUCGAUGUUAUGAAGACGAAGAUUUUCAGCGCUACUCCGGGAAAAUAUUCAGGUGUGCUAUCCUGUUUCACACAAACCCUGCGUGCAGGGGGACCACUGGCAUUUUACAAAGGGUUCUACCCUUCUUUUGUGCGAAUAGCACCGGCCACAGUGAUUACUUUCCUAGUUUUGGAAGAGAUGAAAAAAUUGUUUGGUUCUACUCUUCUGAUGAAGAUAGUGGUGACCUCUGAUGACCCCCAGCAGCAGCAGGUGAAGAGACUGGCCAGAUGGUAUUUCGGGGGAGUGGCCGCCACUAUGGCCGCCAGCUGCACCCACCCACUCGAUCUAGUCAAGGUGCACCUUCAGACAAUCUCAGCCAAAAGUGAAUCAAUGUCAAUGAGUAGGACAUUUGUCCACGUGAUCAAGAAUGACGGCCUUUUUGCACUGUACAAUGGCAUUAGUGCAUCAGUACUCCGACAACUCACCUAUUCCACUGUCAGAUUUGGGGUCUACGAGAGUGCGAAAAACUACCUCAUAUCCAGUGGUCGAGAACUAAACCUGGCAACCAAAAUAGUCCUCUCUGGCUCAGCUGGUCUCAUCGGAGGCGCAAUUGGGACCCCGACUGACUUGAUAAAUGUUCGCAUGCAGAACGAUAUUAAAUUACCACCAAAGAGUCGCAGGAACUACAAACAUGCGAUAGAUGGGCUCAUAAAAGUAAUCAGCCAAGAAGGUUUUUCUCGAUUGUUCCGAGGCUGUACUAUGGCUAGUGCUAGAGGCUGUUUUAUGUCCAUAGGACAAAUGGCUAGCUACGACACUAUCAAAGAGCAAAUUUUACAAUUCGGCCUAAUGAGCGAAGGGCAGGCAUGUUACUUCACAAGUUCCUUUAUUGCCGGGGGCAUUGCGACACUGCUAACUAUGCCGAUAGAUGUAAUGAAGACAAAAAUGAUGAACUCUAAGCCAGGCGAGUUCCGAGGAAUUGGUCACGUGUUUUUGCACACAUUGAAAGUUGGACCGACUGCCUUUUUCAAGGGAUUCAUGCCUGCUUUGAUCAGAAUGGCACCGCAAACUGUUUUAACGUUUCUCUUUUUAGAAAAAUUGAAAAAUAAUUUUGGAAUACCAGUUCAAGUUAAAUAAAUAUACGGCUUGUGACUCA